GAAGCGGUUGACAGCUUCAUCGUCCAGAAGUUGUCGCCGCUCAGCCGCCGGAACCUGCUCCGCGGCGCGUCGAGCUUCGCGGGCGAGUUCCGCGGCAAGGCGAACAUUGCGAUGACGCCCACGGCCUUCCGCAACUUGACGGAACGAGUGUAG